AUGAGCGAAUACUUAAGUCAAAACUGUGUCGAUCUGGUAUAUGAUGUUUACGAUGGUACAGACGACGACACGUUUGCUAAGCCAUUACCACCCGUGGUCAUCUUUCACGGGUUAGGAGACUGCAAAGAGAAUUGGAAAUACAUAGCAUCUUCCAUAGCCGAUAGGACUGUUAGAAAGGUUUAUGUACCAGAUAUUAGAAAUCAUGGAAAAAGCCCGAAGACUUCAAAUAUGACACUCGAAGCAAAUGUCAACGACUUUGAAAAAUUUCUUCGAUUCAUUAACGAGCCUGUCAUCGUUAUUGGACACAGUUUUGGAGGAAUAACAGCAUUAUAUCUUUCAUUCCAAAAGUAUAUAGAAAUGAUUACAGUGGCAUAA